CAUCCACCCCCGAACGAUAGUGCAUCUCUUUCCUUGACACCGCCGGCGUUUGUUUGCGUCUUUUGCAUCUGACACGCUCCAGCCACAAUACUCCCGCGACCCCGCUGCAUCUUUGUAGACAACCACCGCGGCACGCUCCCACCCGGUGGCCACUUCACUACCCGCAGCGCAACCCAGCACAUCUGCGACUCCACACACACACACACACACACACACACACACCAUGUCCCGCCUGCAGUAUGACCAGUUCGUCGAUGACGACGAGGACGAGUGCUGCCCGCUCUGCGUCGAGGAGUUCGAUCUGUCGGACAGAAACUUCCGCCCGUGUCCCUGCGGCUACCAAAUAUGUCAGUUCUGCUACAACAACAUCAAGACAACCAUGAACGGGCUGUGUCCCGCCUGUCGCCGUCCGUACGACGACUCGACCAUCGAGUUCAAGAACAUCACUCCCGAAGAGAUGGCCAAGCACAAGCAGCAGAUCGCGCAGAAAGCUAAGAAGAACGCCCAGAUACGGCAGAAGGAGGCUCAGAAGGCUGAAGCCGACUCCCUCAGCCGCAAGCACCUCGCCGGUCUGCGUGUCGUCCAGAAGAACCUCGUCUACGUGACCGGUCUAACACCAACGAUACGGGAAGACCGGCUGCUCGACACGCUCCGCGGUCCUGAUUACUUCGGCCAGUACGGCAAGAUCAUCAAGAUUGUCGUCAGCAAGGCUCGCGAAAAUGCCCAGCACCAGCAGUCCGUCGGUGUAUACGUCACUUUCGCCCGCAAGGAAGAUGCUGAGGCUUGCAUCACGGCGGUCGAUGGCUCGCAGAACGGCGAUAGGGUCUUGAGGGCGCAAUACGGCACGACAAAGUACUGCUCAGCCUACCUCCGCGGCGAGCAGUGCAACAACCGCAACUGCAUGUUCCUCCACGAACCCGGUGAAGACAACGAAAGCUUCACACGACAGGAUCUAUCGAUGAUGAAUUCCAUCCAGACGCAGCAGCCUGCGCAAUCAUCGACGUCUCGCUCUGCGCCUCCCGCCCACGCUGGACCUCCUGUCUCCGCCGCCGUCACCACCGCCAUCACCACCGCCGCCGCACCGAUGAGUCGACAGCACAGCAACGAAGAAUCGAGCCCUACGCAAGACUCGCCAGGAUUACCGGCAACCGCAGGCUGGGCGAGCAAAGCAGCCCUCGAGCGUCGUGCUAGUCGUUCAACGAUCGCAUCGCAUCCUAGCCCAAUGGUACAAAAUGCCACUCCCGCGCAAGCUUCGAAAGCACCAACACCGGCGCCGAAGAAGGAAGAGCCGCCCAAGGUGGAGGAGCCGGUACCGAAGCCCAAGACCAGGAAAGAGGAGAAAAAGGAGGAAAGGAAGAAAGAGAAGGCAAAGGAGAAGGCUGCACAGAAGUCGAAAGAUGCCUCUCCAGAACCCACACCCGUUAAGCCAAAAGUAACCGGUUUCGAAGGCCUCCUCAAGACCAUCUGCAACUCGGACUUCAAGUUUGUCUUCUCCAGCGCCGCGCUUUCGGAAGAAGAUUUCAAGGCCAUUGUCGAGUUCCCUCAGCUCCUGGAUCCCAAUGGAGGCGCCAAACGACGUGCGAUGAGGGAGAAAGAGCAGGAACUGUCGAAGCAGCGCGAGGCUGAAGCUGAGGCCAAGGCUGCUGCGCAGCCCCAAGCAGCUCCAGUUGCAGAGCCUGAGGAGAAUGAGACGACUGCUGGAGGUAGCCUUCAACUUGGCGGAGAGCCAGAGGGAAACCACGAAACCGCCACCAGCCACCAGAAUCAACACGCCAUCGCUCCUCCAGGCCAGCAGGGUUUCGGCGGUAAUCUGUUUGGCAACACGUCCCUGGCAGACGACUUCAGCAACCUCGGUUUGAACAACCGUGCCCUGACGCCAGCGCAACAGCAGCAACUUCUGUUAUCGAACUUCAAGUCUGGGCCUCAGUCCAAUGCUUUCCUUUCCACCCUGCAAAACACCCAAAACCAACAAAAUCUCGGGGCGAAUGCUUCCGGUCACGCAAGGCACACGUCUCGCUUCAGCUUUGCCAAUGAUAGCGCGUCUGCCUCGGCAAACGUUCAGCCCGUCGCAAGCCAGAAGAUUAUGAGCCAGCAAAACUCGAUGAUGCCAAAGAACGCGAACCAGUUCAGCCAGAUGCCCCAGCACCAAGCUCUGGGCGGACAAUUUUUCACCAACGUGCAAGGACCGCCUCCGGGUUUGAAGCCCACCAGCACUCCACCUGUUGGCGGUACCAACAUGUUUGCCCAGGGUCAUGGCUUCGCUACUGGCGGUCUGCCCUACGGUGCGAAUGCAGCCGGCCGAAACACCAACGAACUGUAUCAGGAUUUGCUCCGCAACAGGAACAUGGACGGUGGUGCUAGGACGGCUGAUUCUGGUAAGCGUGAGUCAAUGUUUCCUUCUUUUCUCAAUCAACAUCCCUCGACCUCUACCUCCCCUGCCCCUGGCCUGCUAAAUUUCCCCUAUGGACCCUCGCCUGGCGCUUACCAGGAGUCUGGUUCGCAGAAAUCUAAGAAGAAGGGCAAGAAGCAUCGCCACGCCAACACAACUUCCUCUGGAGGAGGCGGUAUGGCUGAUAUGCAAGACCCGAGUAUUCUACAGGCGAGGCUACACCAGGCGAACAUGGCUGGGCAGGGACCGUAUGGCCAAGGCCAGAACGGAUUCUCUCCGCUUUACGCGAACAAUAACAACUUCGGCGGUGCCGGACGGUGGUAGACAUUUCGCUUCUUUCACUCAAUUAGUCGGCCACUGGGUCAGAUAUACUGUCUUAGUACUUCUCUUUGCGGCAACGACGCACGGCGUUUUGGGUUCUUGGCAACACUGCAUCGGCAUAUCAACAAGUGCAAAGGCACUGAGUUGCUCGGCGUUAAAUGAACGGCCAGCCGUGGGCACAGGUCAUUGGCUUUGGCACGAUUUCAUGGAUUUUCAAUACCUCGCAUCUUGUUCAUGUCUUUCUUUACUUGGGUGGAACAUGCUGCUUCGCCAGACGCCUCGGUUAACUUCUCUCGUCAUCUUCGUCAUUGCCAUCGCAUGUACGUAAAGUCCCCUUCCUGCCGCUCUCUAGUCGGCAUGCUUACUUUCUAAUAGAGAGAUGGCUUCCUUACAAUCCUUCUGCCUUUGAAGUGACGAAGAUGCUCGAGAGAACUACCUUUGCAACUUGAUGUACUUAAGUGCUUUGCAGCGUUGCCUAC